AUGGUGUCGAUCGACAAAACAAAGGUGUAUCUAGGAAAUCUUCGAAAGGACAUACCCUCAAAGGAUCUUAAAGACCACAUUAACGCUUUGUUCAACAACUUAAGCAUCAAAAUUAAGCACAAUGACAUCUCAAUACAUGAAAAUCGAAGAAGAGAGUCUAAGCAUGCUUUUGUGGAUUGUUAUGAGGAACAAAGAGCUAAAUAUGCUCUCGAUCAGCUGGAUACAUGGAAGUCUAGAGGACAAAAACACACUCACUUUAAUAGGAACGCCAUCUGCAGAGGAUCAGAACCUUUGACGUAUGGAUACAAACAAAUUGUUAGUCACAAAAACAAGAUUACACCUGAGGAAAGAAACAGGAAGGCUGGGGACAGUCACUUUCCGGAUACAAGGACAUCUGAUGCUUUAACCAGAGUUUAUCAUGAUCAACAUCAACAGCACAAUCAUCACAACUCUUUGUUAACAUACAAUGGAACAAAUAAUACUCCAGGUACUUUAGGUAUUACAGGGGAAGACAAACAAUCACAACGUAAGUUUUACUUAGAAGGGGAGAAACUAGGUAAUGAAACAAGAUAUAAAGAGUUCAAAAAAAGUUGCGGAGGAUCUGACAAAAAAGACAGGAAAGAGCUUUUAUCAAAAUACGUAUGUGCAUUCCGAAACAGUGGCCAGGGUGGAACAUUGUACCUCGGGGUAGAUGACAGUGGGUCUGUCGAAGGAGUUUCGUGUUCACAAGCCAAGGAGGACGAGUUGAGGUUGGAGAUUGAUGAAGCAAUAAAGAGCAUCUAUCCACCAAUCUUUACUGAUGCUUAUGACGUCAAGUUCACUCCUGUAAUGAAAAAAUCAGAAAUUCGAAAAGGGGAUUAUAAAGUUAUAGAAAUAAUAGUCCAUGUUAGAGAUCUAGAAGGCAUACACAUGUUGUCUUCUUCUCCCCACGGAACGUUUCUGCGAAGGGAAGGAGGAGUACAGAAAUUGAAUGACACAGAAAUCCAGGAGUGGGUAAUGCAGAAAGAUCAGAAGAUUAUUAGACAAAUGGAGGAAAAAAUGAAAGAACAGAAAGAAUUUUAUGAGAGAAAAAUUCAGGAUGAAUUAAAAAGAAAAUCCAAAGUGUGUGUGGUCUUGUAG